AUGCAAGAAAAUGUCAAAGUGCCUCACAGAAAAAGAAGCAAGGGGCUCUCGCUCGCCGCGCUCAAGAAGGCGCUGGCCGCCGGCGGCUACGAUGUGGAGAAGAACAACAGCCGCAUCAAGCUGGGGCUCAAGAGCCUCGUCAGCAAGGGCACCCUGGUGCAGAGCAGAGGUCUGGCUCUUUCCGCCUCAGAAAAAAAAGAAAAACAAAACAAAAACCAAAACCCCACAGUAAUCAAGCCGAAGAAGCCGGCGGCUAAGAAGCCCGCCAGCGCCGCCAAGAAGGCGGUGACAGCAAAGAACAGUCUCAAGGAAGUUAAGUCCGCAACCAAGAAGGCAGCCAAGAGUCCCAAGGUGACAAAGGCUGUCAGGCCCAAGAAAGCGGCGGCAGCAGCGAAGAGCCCGGCUAAGGCGAAGGCGGUGAAGCCCAAAGCAGCCAAGCCGAAAGCGGCCAAGGCAAAGAAGGCAGCUCCCAAGUAAACCCCAAGGGGAAAUAAUCCUGUUUCGUAUUUAAAUCCAACGGCUCUUUUAAGAGCCACCGAGACUUUCGGAAAUGGGCUGAAAUGCUGUGGCUGCCGCCGUUUUGGGGAGGGGUGUGGGGGAACCGCAGGCUGCUGGUAAAUGUGCUGUUCGAGUCCGGGAACAGCUCGAGGCGCUCUUGAAUUGGUUGGGGAGGGUAACAGCGCCUUGGUAGCUCAAAAUGCCCACGAGGCGCGGGGAUUGGUCGCGGAAGGACCGAGCUGCUUCCUGGAACCGCUGCCAGCCCCGCCCCAGAGCGAAGCAAUAC